UUCAAUAGAACAUGUAUGCUUCCUCUUUCUCUAGCUCGCUGCUUCUCCAGGAUCUUCUUGGGGAUUUCCAUUCAAGAAGGCUGCUCCUUCUACACAACCCACUUAACUUACAGGCCAACCCUCCGGCGUCCUCAAACACCCACAAUUCCACAGACCACUACCUUGGAAAUGGCAAUUUUGAUGCGAAUGUUGUCAUGGUGCUCUCGGUGUUGUUGUGUGCUCUUAUUUGCUCUCUGGGGUUGAACUCCAUCAUAAGGUGUGCCCUGAGGUGUUCCAAUCUCGUGGUCAACGUCGAGUCCGCCGGCACCAACCCUCCGGCUCGAUUGGCCAACACUGGAGUGAAGAAGAAAGCUCUCAAGACUUUCCCCACUGUGAACUACUCCGCCGAGCUGAAGCUUCCGGGUUUGGACACAGAGUGCGCGAUAUGCUUGUCAGAGUUCACCAGUGGCGAACGAGUCAGAAUUUUGCCAAAGUGCAACCAUGGCUUCCAUGUCAAAUGCAUUGACAAGUGGCUGAGCUCCCACUCGUCUUGUCCGAAGUGCAGACAGUGCCUAAUUCAAACCUGCCAGAAGAUUGUUGGAUGCACCACCCAGGCUAGCUCGUCCCAACCACCUGAAACCAUUCUCAGGAUUGCGCCUCUGGAGCCAGAAGGGUUGGUCCGUGACUACAGGGAAGUAGGCGCUUAAUUUAGUGGUGAUCGGUCGAUGUGUGCACAGUGUUAAGACUUCUCAUGAGUCUGUUUUUUCUUUUUCUCGUUAUACCCUUAAAUGUACAAAACUAGUUACAAAUGUAGCCGCAUUCUUUUUCAAUAGUGAAUUAGCUGGAGCAAAAAUCUAUCGUUAUUUGU